AUGUCGCCUGCUACUCGAAUACCUUUCAGAGCUUUGAGCGCAUCUGCCUCUACGCGGCUCUCAACCUCUUCGAUCGGUCUCUGCCGCUCAUCUAUCGAGACUUCGCGGUCAACCUCUCGGUCACUGCGCAUGGUCUUUCCGCGCACUAUCUUCACACAAUCCUCAGCUCGUCUCGCCGGGACUGGAGCGGCCACAGACCAGCAACCAAAGACUGCAUCCCCUCAAGCGACACCGGCGGACCCCAAGCGUCAUUCUUUCGACAACCUUGAGGACCAGCCGUUGACUUUGCAAGAAGAUGACCCCUCAAAAGUGGAUUGGACAAGGUCUUUUCACGGUCUUUCCGUGGAACCAUUUUCCAAAGAGGCUGCGGAUGCGCUGCAGGCACCGAUAACCCCCGAAGACAUCGAGAUCAAGCCAGAUGGUAUCAUUUAUCUUCCAGAGAUCAAAUAUAGACGGAUUCUUAACAAGGCUUUUGGGCCUGGCGGCUGGGGACUGGCUCCCAGAGGCGAGACAAUUGUCACGGAGAAGUCUGUAACGCGAGAAUACGCAUUGCUGGCGCACGGAAGACUGGUUUCGAUUGCUCGCGGAGAACAAGAUUACUUCUCGAAAGAGGGCAUCCCAACAGCUGUCGAGGGCUGCAAAUCCAACGCAAUGAUGCGGUGUUGUAAGGAUUUGGGCGUAGCCAGCGAGCUUUGGGACCCACGCUUUAUCCGCAAGUUCAAGGCAGAGUAUACUCGAGAAGUGUUCGUCGAGCACCAAGUCAACAAGAGGAAGACCAAGAUUCACUUGCGCAAGGGUGACCCUGUCCCGUAUCCUUACGCCGAAUUGAAGAAAUGA